UGAAUUGGACCUCUCCAGGCAUCAAAGUAAUAUUUCAUAAUUAAAUUAGUUUAACUGCCCUUGGAUUCCGUGCUAGGCGCGAUUUCACUUAAUAAUUUAGUAGCUAUACAAAGUUCUUCAAGGUAGUGAUCUCCACUUGAAUCAGAGUUGAGCUGGAGCAUUUAAAAGAAGGGAUAUAUGCGUGCGCAAGCUACAGAACAGCUUACGAUCCUGCCUGAUUCAGAAUGGAGGUAUGAUUUAAGCAAUUUAUCACAAAUUAUGGUCCAUGAAACUGCCUUUUAUGACAUAACGCUUCUUCCAAUAUUGAGACGAUGUGUGGAAAAACAAACUUUAUUUGAAAGGUACCCUGCAGCGGAGAAAGUUGUCAGAACACAAAUUAAUGCUCGAUGCAAAAGCAAGCUUAAAAUCUCGCGAAUAGAAACAAGUAUCUUUCACUGUUACGAUACCUGUAGCUACGUUUAAUGAUAUCAAUCCUACAAAAACGUAGAGAACACCUUGGUCUCACUCGAAAAUACUUAAAGUGAACGAGAUAAAGGAACAUCUUUUAGUUUGAAUGCCAGAAUUGUAAGCUGUCUAAACUAGCUUUCUCACUUUUUUUUUUCUUAAAGCCUACAUCAAUUAUGUUUCUGCUUGUCUCAACAUCAUUUAUAACUCAAGACUUUACAAGACCACUCACACAAAUUGUUUUAAAAAUUUUUUAACAUUUCUAAUCAUUUUUUCGACUCUUGACGCGCCAAUGUUUAAUUUAAAAACACGUGCACGGGAAAGAAAAUCUGCGAAAAAGAAGGCAAUUUAAAACAAACUAUCUAUGAAUUCAUAAAUUCAAAUUACAAGGGUGCAUCGACUCUCGUCGUUACUUCUUUCUUUGACAGGUUAUGGCGGGGAUGUUUCUGUUCCUCUUGAUCAUUACAAAGGUACAAGCAGAGUUGUUUGGGUUUCACUUUCAUAUCAAAGAUGGCACUUCGUUCUCGAAGGAAAACACCCUUUGGACCGGAAAGACAGGCUCUAUAAUGUCUUGUUCCCACUUGUGUGCGAGGCGCGAAGGUUGUAAAAUUGCCAUGUUUUGGGUAAAUCAAAGAACUUGUUCGCUACUUGAUACAGCACAAAGAGAAGAAUGCCAGAAACGACCCCAGCAAGAUGACGUGUUCUACCUUGAAAAGAUCAAUUUGCCUCAAGUUUCUAACUCACUAGGUACUACUCAAUCGUCAGCGGUUCCCUCGUGCCAGUCCCUCAUCAGUCACCCUCCCUCGGAUGUUUAUUGGAUUGAUCCUGUUGGUGGGCUCCAAGCCAACGCUUUCAAAGCUUACUGUGACAUGGAAACUGAUGGAGGAGGCUGGACGCUAGUGUGGAGUUAUUCUUUCACCAAUUACAGCUUUUUCAGAGAAAGUUUCAACGCAGUGACACCCAGACCCAACUGGAAUGUAAAAGCUGAAGCAGAUGUUCCCAUCUCUUCUGAUGCACCGACUGUUAAAGGAGUAACAGGCGAUCAAAUGUGGUCUAAUCCUCUGAGUGAGGGAAUUGCUGGAAAGGACUGGUGA